AUGAGACCCGCCUACGGAGAUAGCCAAACAGCAACCCUGGCAACCAGCGAAAAUGCGGCUAGAAAAAUCAAGAGUGCGGGGGGACAAAUAAGAAUUGGAUGGAUACAAUGUAGCAUCGAGGAAAGAGUGGAUGUCAAAAGAUGCUACAAAUGUUGGGAAGCGGGACAUGUAGCUGCCAAUUGUAGUGGACCAGACAGGAAAAACGCAUGUCUAAACCGCGGAGCCGCGGACCAUAGAGCCAAGGAAUGCAAAAGCGAAAAACACUGCCCCCUAUGUGAAGAGGCAGGACAUCGCGCAGACACCAGCAAAUGCCCAAAAUUUCGUGAGGCUUUAAAUAAAGCCAAGGGAAACUACCUGUAA